CCAGCCCCUGAGUCACCCCUUCUUCUCCCAUCAGCUCCCGGGAGUGAUCCCCCCUGAAGGAGAAGGGAAAAGCGUCCACCAUGAAUCGUUUGGGGAAGAAAGGGGACGAGACCCUUAUCGAGAUGGCUCUGUCUACGGAUGAUGAUACUGUGAUUCUCACCGAGUUCAAGUCAUCGCAGUCAGAAGGGGAGGAAUGCAAUGGACCUUUAUGUGAAACUGUUUCAUGUACAGGAUCAGAAGUCCCGAGCAGCUCUGAGGGUCUCAACAGCACUGAGACUACUUUACUCAUCCCAGAACAUCAAGUGCAGAGUGGAAGGAGAUAUAAUCUGUUCCUGAAGCGACGUCUCAGGAUUGAUAAAAGGCAUCAAAGCAAAGAUUCUAUUUUCUUCAGAGAUGGUGUCAGGAGAAUUGAUUUUGUUCUCUCCUAUGUGGAUGAUCUCAAUAAGGAGUGGGAAAAAAAGUUGGAAAGAAGAAGAGAAUUUGAGAGUAAUCUGCAAAAGGCUGGUUUGGAGCUAGAAACAGAAGACAAGAAGGAAUCUGAAGAUGGCAAGAUCUAUUUUGUCAAGAUCCACGCCCCGUGGGAGGUUCUCAUCACGUAUGCAGAAGUGCUGAACAUUAAAGUUCCCAUCAGGGAAAAUGACAUUCCCUCCACGGUGGAGAACCCCCUGGACUGUAUGCUUGCCCCACUCAGGCUUCCUGAGAGCGUGAUGCACCCUGAGCCAGAUUACUUCACAGCACCAUUCAGCAAGGACAAGCAGGAGCUGUACCUCAUUAAUGAUGAGAGCACUUUCUUCUCACCGUCCAUGAGAAACAGAAUAGUUAAUUACAUUCUGACACGUUGCCCUUAUGGGACAGAAGAAGGGAAGAAAAAAUUUGGGAUUAAGAGGCUGCUAAAUAAUGGCACCUAUUCAGCUGCAUAUCCUCUGCAUGAUUGCCAGUACUGGAAAAAGGCAAAUGACCCAAACUGUGACAACGAGAGGUACACGCUGUACAUGGAGUGGGCUCGCUUCCUGCGCUUCUACAAGGAGCAGCCUCUGGACCUCAUCAGGAAGUACUAUGGGGAGAAGAUUGGAAUCUAUUUUGCCUGGCUGGGAUUUUACACCGAGAUGUUAUUCCUUGCAGCAGUUGUUGGCUUAAUCUGUUUUCUUUAUGGCUUGUUUACAAUGGAUGAAAAUAUGAGCAGCAAAGAAAUCUGUGACCCUGCAAUUGGAGGAGAGAUCAUCAUGUGCCCUCUUUGUGACCGAGAGUGUGAGUACUGGAGACUAAACACCACCUGUCAGUCCUCAGAGUAUUCCCAUUUGUUUGACAACGUGGCAACUCUCUUUUUUGCCAUUUUCAUGGGCAUAUGGGUUACACUGUUCUUGGAGUUUUGGAAGAGACGGCAAGCUAGACUGAAAUACGAGUGGGAUUUGGUUGAUUUUGAAGAGGAACAGCAGCAGCUCCAGCUGAGACCUGAGUAUGAGGCAAAAUGUACCCAAAAGAAGAGGAAUCCUGUAACUCAGGAGAUGGAGCCUUAUUUGCCCCUAAGCAGCCAGGCUGUGCGAUUCUGCGUCUCGGGAGCCACCGUGUUGUUCUGGGUGUCUCUGAUUAUAGCUAGCAUGAUAGCUGUGAUCGUGUAUCGUCUGGCAGUGUACGCUGCCUUUGCCAGCCUGAUGGAGAACACCCAAAGCUUACAGCCCAUCAGUGGAUUAUUGACCCCUCAGCUGGCAACCUCUGUCACAGCCUCAUGCCUGAAUUUUGUCAUCAUCAUGAUACUGAAUUUCUUCUAUGAGAGAAUAGCCAUCUGGAUCACUGAUAUGGAGAUUCCAAGAACUCAUAUGGAGUAUGAGAACAGGCUCACAAUGAAAAUGUUUCUGUUCCAGUUUGUCAACUACUAUUCAUCCUGCUUCUACGUGGCCUUCUUCAAAGGGAAGUUUGUUGGCUACCCAGGUGCCUACACAUACAUGUUUAAUCGCUGGAGAAAUGAGGAGUGUGAUCCUGCAGGCUGUUUGAUAGAGCUGACGACCCAGCUCACCAUCGUCAUGGCUGGCAAACAGAUCUGGGGGAACAUCCAAGAGGCCAUCGUCCCCUGGAUCUGUAACUGGUGGGGACGCCGGAAGGCCCGAAGUAAUCCAGAGAAUUUAUACAGUCGCUGGGAGCAAGACCAUGAUCUGCAGAUAUUUGGAGCCUUAGGCCUGUUCUAUGAAUAUCUAGAAAUGGUCAUUCAGUUUGGAUUCAUUACUCUCUUCGUGGCAUCCUUUCCCCUGGCUCCCCUCCUUGCUCUGAUGAAUAACAUCCUGGAGAUUCGAGUAGACUCCUGGAAACUAACCACUCAGUACAGGAGGCCUGUGGCUGCAAAAGCACAUAGCAUAGGAGUGUGGCAAGAAAUCCUGAACGGAAUGGCCAUCCUCUCUGUUGUAACCAAUGCUUUUAUUGUGGCAUUCACAUCAGAUAUGAUUCCUCGCUUAGUUUACUACUAUGCUUAUUCUGAAAGCGAAGACUCACCUAUGUCUGGAUACAUAAACAACAGUUUGUCAGUGUUUCUGAUCUCAGAUUUUCCUGACAGAAACAAGCCUAAACAGAAUCCAGAAGGCUUGGUCAUAUGCAGGUACAGAGACUAUCGAUACCCUCCAGAUCAUGAGAAGAGAUAUUUACACACCAUGCAGUUCUGGCACAUUCUUGCUGCAAAGCUGGCCUUUAUAAUUAUUAUGGAGCAUGUUGUAUUCAUCGUCAAAUUCUUUGUAGCAUGGAUGAUUCCUGACGUCCCAGCAGACGUGAAAGCCAAAAUCAAACGUGAAAAGUACCUAACACAGAAAAUCCUCCAUGAGUAUGAACUUGAAAAGCUGAAGGAGAGACUGUGUCAAGGUGAUAAACGAGCCACAGAAAAGGAGUUCAUUGCCACAGAAGGGAGAAUGGAGCUGUCCAGGGCAAUGUAGCUGAAAAGCA